AUGAUCGGAUUGGACUCGCCCGUACUCAAACCUCUGGAUGCCAACCAGAGCAACCGGUCUCCCAAGUCUGGCGCGUCUUCUCCCACCAAGUCGUCGCGACCUUCCUCGGCUCGAUCGGGCUCCGUUUCGCCUCUCAGAAGAGGCCCUCUGAGACCGUCUUCUCCUAUCAGACGCGCUAUUCAGGUUCAAAGAGAUGCGCCAGCGUUCACAAUCUACGCCGCUAGCGAGGAGGAGGAGACGCAAACACUCAAAACUUGCCAACUGAUGCCGAAGGCAGACAUGUUUGACGACGAAGUACCCAAGGAAAACAUGGUGGAAGGUGUCGUGCAGGCCGAGGGAAAGGACAAGGAUGACAGCGAGAAGGCUGCACCUAAAAAAUCCCCUUCAAGACUCGGACGAAUGCCUCUGGGAGAGCACUGGCCCACCCUGAGAACUAGCAAAGUCACCAAACCUGUCACUUCGCCCAAGAGAAAGCCCUUCACUCCUCUGUCUGCCCUUGACUUCCCAGCAUACAUUUCUGCGGGCAACAACGAAAACGUGUUGCUCACAUCUGCUAAGGGACUCGCAGUUUUCGACGAGACAUUCACAUACGAACUUCCGGUCUUUGCCACUCCACCAAGAAAGCGAAGAAUGUCCAUUCCUGCUGCUGACACUCGUACCAGCAUCUCUCAACCGCUGGUCCAAACCUGGCAAAAAACCGCAUUCCCCGUUUUCCAGGACGAGUGA